AUGGCUGCCGAUAUUGGCCAGAUCGCUCAACUUCUUGACGCAACUCUCGAUCCCACAGAGCACCGUAAAGCUGAGACUGCCCUCAAGCAAGAGGCUACCAAACCUCAGUACUCUCUCAGCCUUCUCAACAUUGUCAACUCCGGCACCCUACCGCCGAAGACUCGACUCGCUGCUGCAUUGGCCUUCAAGAAUUUUAUUCGAACAAACUAUGUGGACGAGGAAGGCAACUAUAAGCUACCUCAAGAUGAAGUUCAAGUCAUCAAGGAGCGCCUCAUUGGCCUCAUGAUCUCAUCCCCCCCCAAUAUCCAGGCCCAGCUUGGUGACGCUAUCAGCGUUAUUGCAGACUCUGACUUCUGGCGACGAUGGGAUACCCUCACCCAGGAACUCGUCAGCCGGUUUUCCGCUACUGACCCCAAGGUCAAUGUCGGUGUUCUCGAGGUUGCACAUUCUAUCUUUGCUAGAUGGCGACCUCUCUUUCGAACAGACGAACUUUAUAUGGAGAUCAAUCAUGUGAUUGAGACCUUUGGACAAGCUUUCGUUCAGCUUCUUGUGACGACCGAUAAGAAGAUUGCCGAGAACAACGACAAGAAGGAAGUGCUGCAUGGCUGGUUCGAGGCCUUGGACCUUCAAAUCAAAAUUCUCCAUGACAUGUCUUGUCAUGAUCUACCUCCUAUCUUUGAGGAGAAUCUCGGCAGCAUCUCUGAACUUCUUCACAAGUACCUUACCUACUCCAACCCCCUGCUGGAGACUGAUGACGACACCGAGACGAGCAUAGUUGAUACCGUCAAGGCUGAUAUUUGCGAGAUCCUUGAACUCUUCACCGUCAAAUACGAUGAGGAUUUCUCCAAGUACUGUCAGCCCUUCAUUGAGAAAGCGUGGAACCUUUUGUCUUCAACAGGCCCCGAGACCAAAUACGACCUCAUUGUCAGCAAAGCCCUGCAUUUCCUGACCGCUAUUGCGUCGUCUGCACAACAUUCAGGAAUCUUCAAUAGCGAGGAUGUUUUGACACAGAUUGUCGAGAAGGUUAUUCUACCCAACGUGGCGCUCCGCGAAUCGGAUAUCGAGCUCUUUGAGGACGAGCCUAUUGAAUUCAUUCGCAGGGAUCUGGAGGGGUCUGAUACAGACUCCCGUCGUCGAUCUGCUACCGACUUUCUUCGAAAGCUUCAAGAACGAUUUGAAGCGCCUGUGACAACGGUGGUGUCCAAAUAUAUUACUCACUACUUGUCUCAAGGAAGCAGUGAUUGGAAGUCCAAGGAUACUGCUAUCUAUCUCUUCCUGUCUAUCGCUGCCAAGGGUGCGGUAACUGCUGCUCAAGGUGUAAAGACUGUUAACCCCCUUGUCAACGUCGUUGAAUUUUUUGAGCAACACAUUGCCCAAGAUCUUAUUAGCACACAAGGUAUUGAACCGAUCUCAAAGGUCGACGCCAUUAAGUACCUGUACACUUUCCGAAGUCAGCUGUCCAAAGAGCAGUGGAAGGUGGCUCUGGGCCCACUGAUUCAAAACCUGAACUCAGACAACUACGUCGUUUACUCUUAUGCUGCUAUCGCAGUGGAGAGGGUGUUGUUUCUCACCGACGAUUUGGGCAACCCCAUGUUUCCCCGUGCAGACAUUGAGCCCUUCGCCAAGGAUCUUCUCGGCCAUCUCUUCAAGCUCAUUGAAAAGGAAUCAAGCCCCGCCAAGCUACAGGAGAAUGAGUUUUUAAUGCGUUGUGUUAUGAGAAUUUUGAUCGUUAUCAAAGACGGAGCUAUCCCUCUACUGGACAAUGUGUUGACCCAUCUCAUUCUCAUCACCAAUGUGAUGAAGCAAAACCCCAGCAACCCCCGCUUCUAUUAUUACCAUUUCGAGGCUAUUGGUGCUCUUGUCCGAUACUGUGCCCCUAGCAAUGCUGCUCUUUUCAACGAGAAGCUGUGGGGACCCUUCCAUCAAAUCUUGGUCGAGGAUGUCACGGAAUUCAUGCAAUAUGUCUUCCAGAUUCUUGCGCAGCUUCUCGAAUCUAGCCCCUCCGAGACCAUCUCGGAGAAUUACAAGGCCCUGUUAGUUCCUCUCCUAAAUCCCACACUGUGGGAGACUCGAGGAAACGUUCCCGCGUGCACACGUCUCUUAUCGGCUGUCAUUCCUCGGGCAUCCAAGGCUAUUCAGGCUGAGGGACAAAUUGCGCCCGUUCUUGGAAUCUUCCAGAAGCUGCUCAGUGGCAAAAAGUCUGAGGUACUUGCCUUUGACAUCUUGGAUUCCAUCGUGAAGAGCUUUGAGCCAGCUGUCCUGAAUGAUUACUUUGGUACAAUUCUCAGGCUAGUGUACACGAAGCUUCAAGGAACCCCUGCCGAGUCUCUAAAACUCCGCUUUGUCCGCUUCUACCAUCUUGUAUCUGCUCGUCUUGAGGCUGGCUAUGGAGCCGACUACUUCAUCCAGCAGUCAAACUCAGUAGAAGACGGCGUUUUCACCAAGGUCUACCCUACUUUUGUCCUUGGUGAAACAGACAAAAUUGCACGCCCAGUUGAUCGAAAGGUUGCUGUUGUCUCUCUUACCAAGACUCUGUGUGACUCGUCAGCGUUUGCUCAACAGUUCGCGAAGGGCUGGGCCAACAGUUGUCGCAAGCUUCUUUCACUACUUGUUAACCCCCCUACUGUCGCUGCUGGCGCUGGCGAUGAGGUCGUUGCGGAAGCAGAUGUUGAUGACAUUGGCUUCGGCAUGUCUUUUACUGCACUCAACACCUGCAGAGGAUUGGCUAAGGAUGAUUUCCCCGAGAUUCUCGACGUCACCAAAUGGGUAAAGGAGUACAUGGCUAGCGCCAAUCAGCGACAUGGCGGCGCAAUUGAGCGCUUCGUCAGUGAGCGAUUGAGCCCUGAGGAGCAAGAAGCUAUCGCCAAGUAUAUCCAAUAG